AUGGACAUUGAUUCAAACAAUCCUACAUUGAAUGGGGGUGAGGAAGUUGAGGAAGCAGAGAACAAUCCUUCAUUAAAUGAGAGUGGUGAAAUUGAAGAACCUAAGAAGGGGAUAUUUUUUACCUCAAAGCAAGAAGUGCACGAGUUUUAUGCAAAAUAUGCUAAAAACCUUGGAUUUGUUAUAGCUUACAGAACACAGAAUGUUGGAGCAGAUGGAAAGGUGAAAUACUUUGGAAUUGAAUGUACUCGGGUGCAGAAGAGGACAAAAAAAUCAGAAGUAAACCCCCUGAAACCGUCUUUGUCAUCAAAAAUUGAUUGUAAAGCUAAGGUAAGAGCGACUUUACAACCGGACGGAAGAUAUAAGUUAACUACAGUUGUGCUUGAGCAUACACAUGAUUUAAUUCCUAGCGACUCACGGCAUUUUCCAAUGAAUAAGAGGAUUCGUACUCCUGUGAAGAGAAAAUUAGAAAUAAACGAUGAAGCAGGAAUAGGGGUGCUUAGGAAUUUUCAUUCUAUAGUUGUUGAAGCGGGGGGAUAUGAGGCAUUAACAUAUGAUGAACGAGAUGCAAGGAACCAUAUUGAAAAUGUUAGAAGAUUGAGAUGGUCGCAUACGAAACUUGUUUUGGCGGAUGCAAGGAGUAGGGCGGCUUAUAAAGCAUUUAGGGAUGUUAUCUCAUUUGACACCACAUAUCUCACAAACAAGUAUGAUAUGUCGUUUGCUCUGUUUGUAGGAGUUAAUCACCAUGGACAGUCAAUCUUGUUUGGUUGUGGGCUAUUAUCUAAUAAGAACACAGAGACAUUUGUUUGGCUAUUCAAAGAUUGGUUAAAUUGCAUGUCAGCCACUCCUCCAAAAGCUAUUAUAACUGAUUAG